AUGAAAAGAUCUCACAUUUCUUCUCCUCGAUCUUGCUCUUGCUCUCGACCAGCUAUUUUAGUCUUUGGCGUUAUCCUCUUGUUCCUUCUUGGUCUAACACUAACCUCUCGAAAACCAUCCGGUUCAACUCCAAACCGGAACCUAACCGGGAAACCCAACAUCCCGAAGCUAGCAUACUUCGUAACGGGGACGAAAGGAGAUGGGAAACGAGUGAAGCGUCUCCUAAGAGCGAUACACCAUCCGAGAAACUACUAUCUUCUCCAUCUUGAUCUCCAAGCUUCUGAUGAAGAGAGGAUGGAGCUUGCGAAGUACGUUAGGUCGGAGAAGGAGAAGAUGAGGAAUGUUAUGGUGAUGGGUUUGGCUGAUUUGGUUACUGAGAAAGGUCCGACUAUGUUGGCAAGUACGCUUCAUGGUGUUGCGAUUUUGAUGAAGAGAGCUGAGGAUUGGGAUUGGUUUAUUAAUCUUAGUUCAUCUGAUUAUCCUCUCAUGCCUCAAGAUGAUAUUUUGCAUAUCUUCUCGUACUUGCCUCGUUAUCUGAACUUCAUUGAGCACACAAGCAACAUCGGUUGGAAAGAGCACCAGAGAGCAAGACCUAUCAUCAUCGAUCCUGGCUUUUACCAUUCGAAGAAAUCUAGUGUCUUUUGGGCUAAAGAGCGACGAUCAUUACCUGCUUCCUUCAAACUUUUCAUGGGGUCAACAAGUGUAGCUCUAACAAGACCGUUCCUCGAAUUCUGCAUCUGGGGAUGGGACAACCUCCCAAGAACACUAUUAAUGUACUACACCAACUUCCUUUUAUCAUCAGAAGGCUAUUUUCAGACAGUUGUUUGCAACAACAAAGACUAUCAGAACACAACUGUUAACCAUGACUUGCACUACACGCAUUGGGAUACGGUUCUCCAACAGCGAGCCCUGAAUCUAACGGUUGAAGAUUUUCAUGACAUGGUCCAAAGCGGGGCGCCAUUUGCAAGGGAGCUUCGAGAGGAUGAUGUUGUACUUGAUAAGAUUGACGCUGAGCUGCUGGGUCAAAACGACGGUGGAUUGGAGUUGAAGACUCAGGAGGUUGUUAAGCCGACGGUGAGUUGGAAGAGGUUUGAGAAGCUCAUGGUUAAGCUUCUUGAUCAUGAGAAUUUCAGGGCUAAGCAAUGUAAAUAG